AUGCACAUACAACCACCUCCUCAUCCACCCCCGCAUUCACCGCCGCCUCCACUACUGCCACCGACGAUAACCAUUAAUAAGGAUCAUCAGGACGGAGAUGUCUCAGAAUUAAAGACCGUCGAGUCUUUAGGCCAAGACGGUAAUGGGGGAGGGUACGCCGGAGUCGCCGCGCCUCCUCAACCCCAGCGCAGGGGGGCGUUGCAGCUAUGGCAGUUUCUGGUCACGUUGCUGGACGACCCGAACAACGCGUCGUGUAUCGUAUGGACCGGAAGGGGCAUGGAGUUUAAGCUGGUUGAACCGGAAGAGGUGGCUAGACGAUGGGGAUUACAGAAGAACAGACCGGCAAUGAACUAUGACAAAUUGAGUCGGUCACUCAGGUAUUAUUACGAAAAGGGAAUCAUGCAGAAAGUGGCUGGUGAGUAA